CUCAAACCAACUAAUCAUUGGUUUUUAUUCACUUUCAAAUCGGGAAUAGGAUUGUAGAUUUUCCCAUUCAAAGCAUGCAGAGAAAUUUUGCAUAGGUUGUAUUCAGGCAUGUGACUCUUGAACGAAAGUGAACAAAGUGGUGGACCGCCAAACCAACAUGACUACUGUGCAGCAAACUGAGUGGGAACUAUCUGAGUACGCAAAGGGCCUAGAUCUUAUCAUGCCUAGAUCUUAUCAUUAAAAGAUACGAGCAAAAAAUGCAACCUCUGCAAUGGAAUCUAUCCUUAUACGUUAUCAAAAUAAGAUUUGUCGAGUGAUCUCAAGGAUUAUCUGUCAGCCAGGUUCCGAGACAUGUCGAACUAUCUGGUGCUCCAGAUGUCAUUCUACACGACAAAACCAAUGUAAACUUGGAAAAGCACGGAGGUCUACAACUUCUUUGUGUGUGGCUUGGUCAAGGACAUUGGUAUCAAGACUCUCCCGGAUAAAUGAUGCAUCGUUUUUGCUCCGCUGUCAGUCUUUAGAGGAUUAGAAGCAGGGAUUUCCAUAUGUUGAGCCAAUGAGAGUCGCGCAGGUGCCACCAGACAGACGUGACUGGAAGAAGACCUUGGUUGUAACUCUUGCGUCGCUGCAAGUGGAACAAAAGAGUCCGCUGCUGCUGUAUGGACAACUGUAUAGGAUUCGUGCAGGAGGGAUUCCAACAACACAAUUCAUGGUUUAAAGAACACAUAUCAUUUAUCUGUUUCUCCUAAAUAUCAUCAUGAAAGGCACUCAUGCCUCCUUGUGCCUGCAUAUCCCCAUCACUGGGAUGAGUGCACAUGUGAGUCCAUCCCUCGGGGGCCUUGCUUCCCCUUACCAACUAACCUCCUACUGCAAGGAGGAGGGUCCAACCAAACUUGUGGACACAUUCAGGCUUACAGAGUCUUCUGAGAUACUGUUGUUGAAAGAGUGGUUGCUGCUUUGCUCGGACUACCAGGCCUUCAUGAGCAUGGGCAAUGAACAGGGCAUAAACAUCGAGGCAGAUCUUGAUAGUUUGCCAAAAUGCUGUGGGAUCGGAAGAAGGAGACGAGAGCGGCUAGUUUACCCCGGAACCUCUUUAGUUCACAUCAAUGAGAUACCCAGGUCUCCACAACUGCCUACAAACCCAAGACGCCUGCCAAAGCUCUGGUUAACAUAUGAGGAGACCCAGGACUCAGAGGAAGAGUCCUCCUUUUGCUUGCCUGGCAAAGAAAGAGUGGCAAUAGGUCAUUCAAGCUUUGAUGUAAUGGACUUAAAGCCGUCAUUGAUAGUAGCCACAUUAUCCUCGCCAUAUGUCAGCAAGAACUGUCCGGUCUUUCACGGUGAGGAUGAAGGUGAAGAGUCUGGCUCAGAUACUGACCUCUCCGAAUAUGACGAAGUCUGUUCCCAUUUUGGUUUGGAUCCAAGGACUGAAGACGCAAACAGAAACCCAAAAGAGCAAAGGACGAACACUCAAAACAAGACAGUGGGAAAGUCCUCUGAGACAACCCCUGCAGCACAACACGUUCAGAGCAAGAUCGAAGAGGUGGAAGACAUCAUCGGUCGAGUCAGUCUUACCAGUUUGGAGUGGCUCGAAAAGACUAACACAGCCAGAGAUGAACCUCAUUUAGUGGAUGGAAGACGUUUGGACGAUGAGGUUCCGCAGCAUCUCCAAGACGAGCAGUGUAAGGUUCUAGUUGAUGAGCUCCGUUGUCUGGGUGAGGCCCUGAGUGAGAGUCUUCACCAAGCCCUGAGGAUGGAGGGAGACAGCAAAGAGUGGUGGACAAUACCAUACGGACAUACAGAACAAUCCAAAAAGAGACUGUUGGAACCAACACCAAGGCUACCAUCCUGUUGUCGGAACUAUUCCUCGUCAAGCUCUCUGUCUACACAUCCAGAAAUGAGGUACCGGCCGUUGGCGUGUGAAACGUCUAGUAGCAUCACCCCAUCAGUGUACAACAACAAGCACAAAGAGGACAUCUACGACAGCCAUGCACUGUGGAGAAGGUCAGCCGGCAAUAGUUGGACUGAAAAGGAGGACCUAAAUUGUACCAAUCUAAGAAGGAGUGAGGAGACACAGAUGCAGAGAGGCCUUUGUGAGGCUGAGGACGACCAAGAUGACCUCCUAUCCUCAGAUGAAGUUCUCUUAAAUCAGGAAGACGUCUGGCAACAGGAAAUGGAGGAGUCCCUCUCCUUCUGCAGGUGGUUCUCUCAUCCCUCCCGGCCCAAGCUCAUAGACUUCUUGAGGAUCACUGCCGUCGAGGACGAUAUCAGUGGUACUCUAGUACCCCCAGAAUUUGGUGUGAGUAUAAAAAAACAGGCCAGAUUUCUCCACGUUUAUCAUAAAAGACACCAAUCGAGCAAGAUUUGCUCACGUCUGAGUAACACCUACCAACAGAAAAUGGAGCCACAGUCGCCCAUUCUUACAUUUUUCCGGACUAUAUCAGAAGAACAAAAUGCAGAUACAACACAGGAGGUUGCUGAGAUGAAGACAAACAAGGAUUUUAAGGCACCUCCUGUGGAACCCAGCGAUACUAACUCUUGCUCGUAUGUUAUAUUUCUUGUUGGACAAGAAGAAAAGACAACCUCCGACUUAGAGGUAGAAGCUGAGGACCAGACAGAUCAAUGUGAUGCAGCAAAGGAAGGCGAUGAUACAAUAAAUGCUGAACAAACCACGGCUGUAAAAGCUGAAAAUAGCUCCUCUGUGCUCGGACGACAAUUGAACAGAAAUCACCCCGAUAAAGUUCACUCGUCUGAAGGUUGUAGCCCGGCACGAAACUCACAGGACGAAGGUCAAACCAAGCAAGUCGGCUGUGAACUUUGUUUGACAGAGAGUACAAAUUCAGAUAGUGAUUGUUAUGAACCACGGAACUAUAAGCAGGAUUCUGCAGAAGAACCCUACCAGAGUGUGAAGUCUGCAGGUUCUCAGGAGGAAUAUACCACCACAAGGACUUUAAACGAUUUUGGAUGUGAAGACUCUGUUUUGAGGACAAGUCCCAAACAUGUGUUGAUAACUGUGACUCGGACAGAACUAGCUGUUGAACAUGUGGUCGAAGACGACCCAACAAUUGUGCAAGCUGAUGAGCUCUGCUUGAAAAAUUACAUUUUAGACGACAUCCCUCCAGGACCAAAGAAUAACUCAACAAUUAUUGUUCAAUCAUCUGCAAGCAAUAUUCCUCCAGCUGAAUCCAUUAUCUCCAGAGCCACCUUCUCCCCAGGCUCACCCACGGACAAGCAGGUCCAGCUCCCUGCCCUUUUUAGUGGUCUAAAGGUCCUGAGAAAGAGCGUGGUCAGACCCAAUGCAAUCUACCCUGAGAAUCAGGUUGAUCCAAAAGGAAACUUGAACCCGGACCAAAGAGAAGAUGAGCGCGAGGAGGGGAAGGAACUUCUAGACAAAGAUCCAGCAGAAACUAGAGAGAAUAUCACUGACAAUGCUCAAGAACUUGACACUGAAAAGGACAUCUCAGGCUCAUUUGAGUCUACCAAAGCACCUGUUUCAGGUGCGGAAGCAGCCUUUCAUGCCUUCAAGGCCUUUUUCACCCCAAAGCCUUUGAAGAAGGUGGAAUCGGAUGCAGCUCGCAAAAAAGAUGCACUGAAAGCAUUUUUUGAGAGAACUUCCAUCAAGACCCCAGAAAAGAAAGCGGCAUCUAACUCUAAAUCAGAAGCCUCCAACCCAGUAGAGGGAGAACGAACGCCUGGACAUCUACAAGUCGUGUGGCCUCCACCCAAAGAGGAGAAAGUUGGUUUAAAGUAUACUGAAGCAGAGCACCAGGCUGCUCUUCUUCAACUGAAGAGAGAAUGCAAAGAAGAAGUGGAGAAGUUACAGGAGGACUUCUACUAUGAGUUCUCCAGGCUGAGAGAAGAACAGGAGGCCAAAGUGUCCUCUCUGGAGCUGGCCGUGUCUGAGCUGCAGGCCGAGCUUGCCCAGGCGGGUCCCCUCAAACGUGGCGAGCUCAGAGACGUAGGCGUGUCCACGCAGGACGACGCGGGUCCGCAGAAGUCUUUCCGCACCGUCUGCGUCCAAACGGACCGAGAGAGCUUUGUCAAGAACGAGGACGACGUGAAGAGGAGAGACUGCCUGACCCCGCAGCACAGGGUGACGACCAAAAAACUAAACGUGGCUUCUGUCGGCGUGACCCUGGCAGGAGAGCCUUUGCCGUGUUUGUCACCAGCGGUGAACUGUAAACAAACUUCAAGCGUCACCGCACCACUUCCUCCUCCUCCACCUCCCCCGCCUCCACCUGCCCCUCCCAUGUCAGCAGCAGGUCCCCCACCUCCUCCGCCACCUCCAUCCUUGUCUCAUCUAACUAUAGCAACAACCCCAUCUUUAUUUGCGGCUCCCAGGAAACCUCAGGUGGAGCCUUCGCGCCCCAUGAAGCCUCUGUACUGGACCAGGAUUCAGAUUCAUGACAGGAAGAAGAACACUUUGUGGAAUGCGCUAGAAGAACCACAUAUCGUGAAUACAGUGGAGUUUGAGGAGCUGUUUGCUAAAACCAUCUCAAGCCUGAAGAGAAAACCACUGGUGGAGAAUUAUGAGAAGAAAGCAAAAGCCAGGAAGAUCAUCAAGCUGCUGGAUGGUAAGCGUUCUCAGACUGUGGGCAUCCUCAUCUCGAGCCUCCAUCUGGAAAUGAACGACAUCCAACAAGCUGUUCUGACUGUGGACAACUCUGUGGUGGACCUUGAGACUAUUGAGGCUCUGUAUGAGAAUAGAGCUCAACCAGAGGAGCUGGAGAGGAUCAAGACACAUUACGACGCUUCCAAGGAGGAGGAGAUUAAACUUCUGGACAAACCUGAACAGUUCCUGUACGAGCUCUCGCAGAUUCCAGACUUUGCUGGCAGGGCUCGCUGCAUCAUCUUCAAGUCGGCCUUCAACGACGGGAUGGCCUCCAUCCAACACAAGCUUCACAUUGUCUCCAGCGUGUGUGAGGCUCUGCUGGAGAAGAGCGACGUGAGGGACGUGCUUGGACUGGUGCUGGCUCUGGGCAAUCACAUGAACGGAGGGAGCCGAAUCAGAGGCCAGGCGGACGGCUUUGGCCUGGAGAUCCUUCCAAAACUCAAGGAUGUCAAGAGCAGGGACAACCGCAUCAGCCUGGUGGAUUAUGUGGUAUCAUAUUACCUGCACAAUGUGGAUAAGAAUGCCGGAACAGACAACAGUGGUUUCCCACUUCCUGAACCUCAGGAUGUCUUCCUGGCAGCUCAGGUCAAUUUUGAUGAACUCGAAGCAGAGCUGAGAAGGCUUGGGCGAGACCUGGCAGGAUGUGAAAAAGACGUGCAGAAGGUCUGCUCGGACUCUCCUGAAGAACAUCUGCAGCCGUUUAAAGACAGAAUGGAGACUUUUCUUCUCGGUGCCCGUAAAGAACAUUCUGGAGCGUCCCAUCAGCUGAUGGCUGCACAUAAAAGUUUUCAGGACCUGUGUGUGUACUUUGGAGCGGCGGGAGACAAGGAAGUGACGUCUGGUCAUUUCUUCAUGCUGUGGUUCGAGUUUUGUGCCGACUUCAAGGCCAGGUGGAAGAAGGAGAAUAGGAACAUCUCUAAAGCCAGGUUAAAAGAGGCCCAGCUGUCAGUGAGGAAGAUCACAGCAGAGAAGAAAGUGGAGACCAGGAAGAUAAACACCAACAGUCUGAAAGAACGACUGCGACAGAAAGAAGUGAACAUGACCUCUGCUUAAGGUUCUUGUUUCUACACUUUUAAAGCGGGUAAGAAUGUUAAGAUGUUGUCUAAAAGCAAUGCUUGGACCCAACAGUAUCACGGUUUGACACUGGAACGGACUAAUCCUGUUUCCAAUGUUCUGAACAAGUAGGUUUUAUAACAGACUUUUUGGUCAGGACAGUUGGAACAUGGUCUCUGAGCCGGACCACCCUGCAGGCACAAGACAUUGAAACAACGUUGAGAACUUGUUGAAUUAAGUCCUGACGCUGAGCAACUCAAACAUAACGUUGAAACGACCUUUAUUCAAUGUCGGGUUGUGACAUUGAUUUGAGACAAUUGAAAUUUGGUCAUUUCCCAACCAAUAUUCCACAACACAGAUACAACAUUGAAACAUGCUUUUUGACGACGUUUAAUCAAUGUCAGGUUGUGACGUUGAUUUGACCAUUGAUUUUUGGUCAUUUCCCAACCAAUAUUCCACAACACAAAUACAACAUUGAAACAUGCUUUUUGACAACGUUUAUUCAAUGUCAGGUUCUGAUGUUGAUUUGAGACCAUUGAAAUUUGGUCAUUUCCCAACCAAUAUUCCACAACACCGAUACGACACUGAAACAUGCUUUUGGACAACGUUUAUUCAAUGUCAGGUUCUGAUGUUGAUUUGAGACCAUUGAAAUUUGGUCAUUUUCCAACCAAUAUUCCACAACGCAGAUACAACGAGGAAACAUGCUUUUUGAUGACGUUUAUUCAAUGUCAGGUUGUGAUGUUGAUUUGAGACCAUUGAUUUUUGGUCAUUUCCCAACCAAUAUUCAACAACUCAAACAACAUUGAAACAACAUGCUUUUGGACGACAUUUAAUCAAUGUUGGGUUCUGAUGUUGAUUUGAACAUUGAAUUUUGGUCAUUUCCCAACCAAUAUUCUACAACACAAAUACAACGUUGAAACAACAUGCUUUUUGACGACAUUUAUUCAAUGUCGGGUUGUGACGUUGAUUUAACCAUUGAAAAUUUGGUCAUUUCCCAUUGGGAAAUUCCCAACCGACAUCCAACGCUAGACAUCAACAUUGUCUCCUUUGACACAUACAACUAUUUUUCAACGUUGUUUCAAAAUCAGUUUUAAAGGGCAUAUACGUAUAAUCAAUGUCCUGUGCCUGCUGGGCAGGCUGGAUCAGAAUCUUACUACCAAAAAAAAAAAAAAAAAUUGUAUAUUUCAUGGUGUCUUUUGCUUUUAAUUUCAUUUAAUGACUGACACCUUUCCAAUGUGCAACCUAAAAUGUUGAUGGGAGGAAACUAUUGUGCAAUAUUCCCAUCACUGUAUGUGU